UUUGCGCGCCGCCGAUUGCAUGCGUGUUGGUGUGUGCGCGCGUGAUUUGUGCAGUUCAAACCAGCAGCUCUGUUAAACGGAUUAUUUGCUAGUAACCUUGAGGGUGAUACAAAAUAAAUCAUGCCUGCUAACAGUUUACCAACCGCUAUGACCAGGCUGUCAUUCUGCAUUUGUAUUUACUGAGCUGCGGGAUGAAGAGCAGGAAACAGAGGUCCGUCAAAGCUGGAAGCAGCAGGAAGAAAGUACCCAGCGAUGUGUCCCCCGCCACCAGCCUCCCUCCUCUUGUUGAGGGCCAGUUAAGAUGCUUCCUGCGAGUAACAAUAAGUCGAGUAUUAUGGACAGUUCACAAGCCUCCACCUGCAACAUUCAUCAGGCUGCGCUGGUGGGGAGAGUCUUCCAAUGGGACACACUUCUUUCCGAGAGAUGGAUCCCAUCCGUCUCAGAAGACCAUAAAGACCACAUCCCGCUUCCCUAUUCGCUGUGGCCCAAAGCAGUUCACCUCAUAUCUGACCGAUAUGAGCUCGCUGGUGCUGGAAGUUCUGACAAAACCUGAUCAUUUGCCGAUCUCACGGGCUGAGGUUGCGGGCAUCUCUCAUCUCUCUCUGUCACACCCCAUCAGUGGAUUUUACACCCUUGUAUCUCCAACAUCUGAGAAGCUGGGAGAGUUACAGGUUUCCCUUAAUUUGGAGCCUCUUACAGAAGCCUAUGACAGCAGCAGCUCAGGUCCCAUCGCAGAUAUCAGCAUUGAAAGACCGCAAAUCCCCACACUGACUGUGCCCUCACAGCCCAGAUCGCUCUCAGUUGGCAGUGGGAAAGAAUCAGCUGGGAGCAGCAGUGGAAACACUCCAAGAGGGAAAGACCACUUAUAUUUCCAAAAUGCCCAGAAAGAUGAAGAAGAGUCACUGGAGAAUCAGAUGCCGACAACAAAUAGAUUUCAGAACAGUCAAACUGCUGUGAAUCCUUCAAAUCAGGAGCCUUGUGGCCAAACAACCACUGAUAUCCUGUCAGUUAUUCUAGAGCGUGGGAACAAGCUCAGAAAUGCUAUGGUGGUAUCAGCUUUGAAAUGUGACGUGGAUUCUGCCCCGACUCUGAAAGACACCCCACUCCCUCUCCCAAAGGAUAACAUCCAGCCACCUUCCAAGCACUUCCCGUCUCCCUCUGGGGGGUUUCUUCAAAAUAUUCUUCAUGCUGAUUCAACUCUCAAGCACUCAGACCACAGUCUAGACCGUCAUGUUGACAUGGACAACAGAGCUGUGGAGCUGCUCCUCGGCAGCUUAAACACAUCUCCUCUGCAUCUCUGGAAUGGAGAUGGCUCCUUCCCUGAAUCUCUGUCUGGCCGUAGCAGUGUGUGUGGGGACAGUGAGCUCAGUGAUCCACAAUAUGAUCAGAGCUUACUGGAAAAUUUGUUCUACAAAACUCCUAUGUUAGAUAUCAGACCAAACGACACUGAGACGGAGGGCCAAGGAACAGUGUCCUCAAGUAAAAAACAGCUGGCGCAGUCGGCACCCAGGAUUACUGGAGGUUCAAACUCAGAGCCUCAGCGGUCUGCGGAUGCUGGUGGUAUUCCUCCUGGCGUUAGUGCAGAGCAGUUGACUGUGCUGCGUUUGAUCAGACUGGCGAGAGUGACCAUCGACUCCCUGACCGUACCUACAACCUCCACACCUAGAAAGACCUCAAUCAAAGGGAAACCUCCUCGACUGUUACCCAGCAAGAAGUGCACAUAUUUUAUUGAGUACGUGUUCCCAACGGCCUCCACUUCCAGUCGACAUGAUCGUAGUAAGAGUGGAGAUGGAGAGGUGACCAGAGCCGUUGCCAGUAAAGUCACCGGAGGAAGGGUGAAGUUCCAUCAGCACACUAUGUUUCCUGUCCACUUCAGUACAGCAACAGUGAACAAAUGGUGGGGAACUGAUCUGAUUUUCAAGGUUUACUGCCGAAAGAACGACCAAAAGAAACCGGUACCCAUCGGCAAGGCAGUUCACCCGCUGCGCUGUCUGCUGCAGAGCAAGCAGCUGAGUCAGUCUGUCGUCUUACCUGUGCAGAGUGUGGAAGGAAACAGGGAAACACAGGAGAUUGGACCUCUCAAGGUAUUACUAGAACUUAUUAGAGACAACAAAGAUUUCUCUUCUGAAAAAAGUAGAAGCAAGGUUGCUCAGAGAGACACAUCGCCUUCACAAACUGCCCCCAGUCCACAGAGAGAGACCAUCUCCAGGUCUCAACAUGUUGACAUUGACAGGGAGGACUUACCAGCUCACUCCUUUGAAGAUCUAAGGCUGAAUGUUUGGACUCUUCAGAAACCCUCAAAAGAAAGCUCUCCCCAUCCCGGCCUCCACACAUCUCCUGGCAUCUCACGGCAGCAGGUGGAGGAGGACUCUGAGGUCCUGUUGCAUACGUUACUCAUGGUGCCAGAUGGAAAGAACUUCAACUGUGGGCCCAUGCAGGCUCCAAACGUGUACUUGAAUUGUAAACUCUGGUGUGAUGAGACGAUGAGAUCUGUCAUCAGUUGGGGUCAGGCGAAUCCCAGUUUCAACUUUGUUCAGGUGACGCCUGUGGCUUUAACAACUAAGCUGCUAGAACGGAUGAAGAAUAAUGUGAUGGUAGUCGAGGUGUGGCAGAAGACGAGAAGUUCAGGGCAGGAUCGACUUCUCGGCAUAGUUAAACUCCCUCUACACCAGUUCUACAUGUCAUUUAGGGAUCCAAAGAUCACCCACCUUCUUCUCCAGGCCCAGUACCCUGUUUUAGGGGUAGACUGCUACAUGCCAGUCAUUGAUGUGUUCUCAGGUAGUUGUAAAGGACACCUCCGGGUUGUCUUGGCGAUGGGCCGAUCAGAGCAAAUAGUUGCCCUCCAGCGCACAAGGGAUGAAGAUUACGACAGUUCGUCUCAUCUCAUGAGACCAGUUCAUCUGCUUGAUCACCAGCCUCAUUCACAAACAAAGGUGAAAGCAGUACAAGUGGAAACUAUGAGAGAGCAUCUGUUUGUGAUAAGAGUGGAGAAAAUCAAUGGGCUGACACCUCUGCAGUCCACAGUAUGGGGUGAGGCUGACUGCUACAUCCAGUACAGUUUCCCCUGUCAGGAAGGGGACCCUGGUGCAGAAUUGGACAAAAGCCUCAUAGAGAGUAGCGUGAACCUGAAGCCGUUUCGUACCACCACCACUCUCUGUGUCCCUGACCCGAUGUUUGGACACACUGAGACUCAUGUGCUUCUGGCUCCUGAAGGAGUUCCCGUUCAGAGGCUGCUGCUCAGCUCUCUUUCUAGUCAAGGCCUAAGCAGUGGAGGGGGUGUCCAGUUUGAAGUCUGGUGCAGAUAUUAUUACCCAAACGUUCGAGACCAGCUUGUGGCCAAAGGAAUGCUUCCAUUGUCCAAACUGUGUGCAAUGGUCACCAUGCAGAGUCAGCACCCUAAAGAGGCUCAGAUGUUCUCCCUGCCCCUGAUUCCCAGGACAGAUAGUCCCACGAGACAUCAGCCUCAGCCCUCAGGCUUACUAGAUGUGUGCAUUCGGUACAAGCACCGACCAGUGAGACCUGAAGGUCAGACUGGUAAAGGAGUUGCCUCUCGUGUUGUGACGCUCGUGGUUCAGGUGCACAGAGCAUCAGGUCUGCAGGCCGCAGCAAGGGUUUUAUCAGACCAUGAUGAAAGAUUCAGCUACUUUGCCAGUGUGGGAGUGAACUCGUACAUCACAGUCGAGCUGCCCUUCUUGCCUGAGAGUGAAAGGAGGUGCACCCGCAUAGCCGCCAGGACCUUCUGCCCGGAGUUUGACCACCACAUGGAGGUGUCCUGUGAUCUGCUGUUUCUCAGGAGCAGUGGAGAAACCAGCAGCUUGGCUGAGCAGCUGGAGGAAGCCUCUGCUGUCUUCACUGUCUGGAACCGAGACAGCCGCAAAAUGCACACUUAUAAACCUAAGGAUGUGGUGUUGGGCACAGUGAAAAUACCUCUUGCUGCUCUCCUCCAUAAAAGAACAGGUAUUUCUGGCUGGUUUGGAGUGUAUUUAGCUCAGGAAACAAGUUCUUCUCAGCACCAGCACAUCUCGGUCGGGGGCCUUGAGAUCUCCGUCAACUUCGCCCACCAAUCAGACAGGGAAAGAGUCAUUAAAGCUGCUCAGGGUUUGAGCUGGGAGAUGGCCCAGAAUGAAAUGCAGGUUGAUGAAGAAACUUGGGGAGGCGAUAUUAGAAAAUUGUCUUUGACUUUCUCGAUGCCCAGAGCAUGGAUACCUGUUCACUGCUUGCUUCUGCCAGGCCUCAGUGAGCUGGAGCGCUCCACCUACUGCUACUUCAGGUACAAGUUCUACGACCAGGAUGCCUUCUGCUCCCAGUUGAAACACCCCUCUGUUGAGGAGGGAGGCCAGGCCACUGUGCCUUUCCAGGAAAGUAGAACAGUGGAACUAAAGAGCACUCAGCCCUUGAUGUGGUAUCUUCGAGAGGAAAAGCUGGAGGUUCAGGUGUGGGUUGCCUUCACAAAAGACAAAACCCAAAGGCCCCGAGACACCGACCGACUGGUGGGUUCAGCGUUUGUCGACCUGUCCUCUCUUGCAAAGACAUCCACGAAGAAGCUAACCCUCAGUGGAGUGUAUCCAGUGUUCAGACGCUCAGCAGCAGAUCUAGAAGGAGCUGCUCUCAGGGUGCACAUAACCCUGACAGCAAGUUCUGUCCCUGUGGAGGUGGGGACAGUCCCUGCUGGAGUUGACCCCCAAAUGGACUCGGACAGCCAGGGGGAGCUCUUAUCAGAAAAGAUGGAAGCAGCUGAUCGAGCCCCCUCGCCCGCUACACCCAAAACAUCACAAAGUAGACACAAGAAUACAUGUUCCAGAACAACUCCAGACAUCACGUCGGUGCAACACACAGGAAUGAGCAUGGAAGAAUCCUUCCCUGUGACUGUUGCAGUGGACCGGGCCAUGCACCUGAAUCUUAAGGGCUGUCCCUUAGCAGAGCGCAGUGAAGGGUCACCAUGCUGCUGUGUUUCGUUCGUCACUGCAGACUCUGCUGAACCAGUGUCCACAGCUGUCGUAGCCAACGCUGACUGCCCAGUGUGGGACCAUCAACAUGAGUGCAGGCUUUCAAAGCAGCUACUUGUUGAUGCACAACAGUCUCUUGUGUUCAAAGUCUGGCACAAAGGAGAAACAGACAGGGUUGUUGGAUUUGCCUCUGUCGACCUGUCCCCCUUAGUCUGUGGGUUCCAGUCGGUGUGUGGUUGGUACAACAUCACAGACUUCAGUGGUCAGUGUCACGGCCAGCUUAAAGUGUCCAUCACUCCGCAGAAGGGGGUCCAAGAUCUCAGGGAACAGAGAAAAACUGUGAAUGAAGAAGCGUCCAAAAGUUCCCCGCAAGCUUUAUUCCAGGCACUCCCUCUCAGCUACCAUACCACAGCCACAUACAGCAGCUUCCCCUCUCACAUUAGCCGAUACCCCGAACAGAAGAUCUCGUCACCUGACCACACAGACAGGCUGUUCUCUGAAAGGUCAAGUGAGAAUGAACGCCACUUCGAGCACAUGGACAAAGUACGUCAUUACCAUCAGAGUCUGCAGGAGCAAACAGCAGCUCAUCCAACCUGUAGCAGCAGUGCUGACAUCAAUCCCUCCAGCUCAUUUCUGUUUUCAGCACUCAGGAAGAAACUGAGUGAGCUGGACAACAUCCAGAGAUACUUCAGCCGUAAGGUUUUAACACCCACAUUCCCGUCCAUGAGUGAGCAAGACUGUCACGGCAAGCAUGAGGAACAGAGGGAAACGGAGACUGACACAUGCCAGCUUCUUAUCAAGUCCGACCACUUAGUUGGACAAGUCAACAAUAUCAUUAGUGGUCUACGAGGAAACCCCCUAGAAACGAUUCCCUCAGAUCCCCAGAGAAGCUCAACAACUUCCCCUGUUGGAGACAACAACCCACAGACUCUCCCUGAGAGUAUCUCCAGUCCACGCAGAGCUCCAGAUUCUUUCCAAGAAGAUGUGUCUCCUCAGCCCUCGCCAAAGAUGUCUGGAGACCAUACAGACUCUGAGCCUGAGGAAGAAAAGGACAAUCGAAACUACAACGUCACCGUGUCCGAGGGGGAAAACAAAGAAGGAUCAGACAAAGAUGAAGACGGGACAGGUAGCACACAGGAAGAGGAAGCUGAUGAUGAUGAAGAGGAAGAUUACGAAGAGGUUGUGGUGACGCCGAGGCCUCUCAAUGAGGUGACCUCUCUAACUGACAGAACCAGUCCGUGGACCAGCAUCAUGUCGGACCCCGACUUGAUUUCUCUGAAGAGCCUGGAGACGCCAGAGGAGCCAUUUCUGAGCGACGAUGAGGACGAGAAAAGGCAGAUGGUAACUCAUGACUGUUGUGGACGAGAAGAAAGUGAACAAAGUGACAGUUUUGAUGAAUCGGCAGGAGACGUUUCAGACACGGAGAGAGAUGGUGAAAGGACUCUUGAAGCUUUAGAGGAAAGACGAGCAAAACAACCCAACAGCUCCAACGAGGAGUCGAGUGACGGAGCUUCAUCACCCACCAUACUAAACGUCACGAAUACCCAUGAUGCUUCAUGCUCCGUGGACAUCCCACUCCAACCCGUGGACGCUUUGGAGGUCCCUAAUUUCUUCCUCCCCUCUCACCAACUCGAGGCCUCUAUGAGAGUCAUACGUUUAGCUCCUUCUUUCUCCCAGACGGCCAGUGACCCGGGGCCGAGGUCUCAACUUCACCGUAUUCCACAUCACAGGGGUCCUCGACAGCGUCCUAACAUGUCGCCAUCAUCCAUGAAGAAGGAGACUGAAAGAAUAGCACAAAUAUUUGCGGCUCACUUUGAUGACAAUCACUAGUACGUGGUGUUUUUUUUAAGUGUUGUAUAGCUCAGUGGUUUGAGAUAAUGUAAAUUAAAUGUAACAUUUUGUAUUUUUUAUAAAUAAAUAUUACUGUUUACUGUU